CAUACAAAUGUGCUAAAACAAUCGAACGGAAUAAAAUCCGCAGUGAAGAAAAAAAUUGAAAUUGUUGAAAAAAAACGUAAUUAAUGUUAUGAAAUUGUCUAAAUAAGUAAUAAGACUAUCAACAUCAUAUAGUGAAAUUGAAAUCACAACAAAUUAAGUCACAAUGUCAAGUUUAAGGUUUUGUGGAGCGUUAUUAGCGAAAAAUACGAUUCUUUCACAAUCAAAGAUCGUCCCAAUGACAGUACCAAUUGGGUUCAAAGUUCGAGACGCUUCUAAAUCAACAUUUAGACAAGAACACUACAGAGGUUUUAAGAACUUUGGACACAAACCUACUCCAGUGCCAGGUGUUACAAAAGCUUUUCAUUUUUUCAUUGGAUUUUCUUUGUUUUUAUGCCUUCUUGACUGGAAAGGGCUUCUUGGCUACGAAGCAGGCGAAAACUUUUUCUCUAUGCCAAGAGUUGAUUGUGAAGCAAAAAUUAAGCCUGAAAAGGAAAAAUUAGAUAAAGCCGAAGAUGCUAAAGAUAUUAAAGAUUCUUCUGAAGAUGAAAGUAGCUCAGAUAGUGAAAGUGAAACAUCUGGUGAAGAACCAAAGAAGAAACGCGUUAAAGAAAAAGUCGGAUUUAGAGAUAGAAAGAUCAUAGAUUACGAGAAUCGACUGAGGGCUUAUAGUACUCCAGAUAAAAUAUUUCGCUAUUUUGCAACUGUAAAAAUAAUUUACUACGAUUCUACACACGUCUACAUGACGCCCGAUGACUUUCUUAGAGCUAUUACACCGGGUUUAGGGCCUGCACCAAAUGGUCUUGGAUUGGAUCAGUACAAGAAGUACGACCCGAAGAAUGUUUCGCAACGACUCGAUCUGAAAUUGGAAGAAGACAGCAUUUUUUAUAAACUCGGCAGUUAUGGUCUGAUUUCGUUUUCUGAUUACAUUUUCUUGCUGACAGUUUUAUCGACUUCACGUCGUCAUUUUGAAAUUGCGUUUAAAAUGUUUGACCUUAACGGUGAUGGCGAUGUUGAUAGCAGUGAAUUUGAAGAAGUCGCUAAUCUCAUUAGGCAGCAAACUUCAAUUGGUUCAAGACAUCGAGAUCAUGCCAAUACUGGAAAUACUUUCAAGGGUGUCAACUCAGCUCUCAGCUGUUAUUUCUUUGGAACAAAACUUGAUCAGAAACUAAAAAUUGAAAAGUUUCUUGACUUUCAACAUCAGUUACAGCGUGAGAUUUUAACACUCGAAUUUCAAAGAAAAAACCCGGAUGAUAAUGGAAAUAUUUCGGAAGCCGAUUUUGCGGAACUUCUUCUAGCUUAUGCUGGUUAUCCGCCUAAGAAAAAGGUCAAAAAGAUUAAGCGAGUUAAGAAACGAUUCAGAGAUCAUGGAACGGGAAUCUCGAAAGAAGAUUAUCUGAAUUUCUUUCAUUUUCUGAACAACAUAAAUGAUGUUGACACCGCAUUAACUUUUUAUCAUAUUGCCGGCGCAUCAAUCGAUCAACUCACCUUAAAACAUGUUGCAAAGACCGUUGCUCUUGUUGACCUUUCGGACCAUGUCAUCGAUGUUGUGUUUACAAUUUUUGAUGAAAAUAUGGAUGGUCAGUUGAGUAACCGAGAGUUUGUUGCGGUGAUGAAGAAUCGGUUGUUGCGAGGCCUUGAAAAGCCAAAGGAUACGGGAUUUGUGAAGUUCAUGCAUUCGAUUCUGAAAUGUGCAAAAGAAACGAAGCCCGUUCUUCUUGAUGUUCUUUAAAGAAGCUUUUCAAAUUAUUAUUUUAAGAUUCAUCACUUGGCAUUUUUUCCUUUUUAUUUAUUUAUCUUUCUAAAAUUUUCAUCCUAAAAAUGUGUUAUGCUUUGUCUUGUUGAUAUUUUGUUGACUGUAUUAACUGUUUAGAAAGUUUUUAUUAAUAAAGAGUAAAAAAGGAAAAAUUUCAUCGAAUCAAAAACUCAAAA